AUGGAGGCUGGCCCUGUUGCUUCUAUCUACACUCUGAAUACCUGCUUUGGGGUGCUGAGUUGUAGACCCCUUGAGAGUCAUCUGCAUGGGAGCUGGUUGGAGGAUGCUCGUCCAUUUUCUGCUCUUCUGCUUGGUACUAUCCAUCCCAAAGAUCAGCUCAAAGGAAGCUGGCCAGUUGCCUGCAGCGACUAUGACCAACUCCCACCAGGAGAGACAUUGGUCCCAGGAAUGGUGGAGUCCUCUGAAGACAUUUUUGAUGGCCCAGAAAGGUGUGUCCAGGCUUCUUACCCCCUUUCCUUGCCUAGUGGGAUGACUGUAACAGUGGAAUGCAGGGAUCUCCAACUCUGUCUCUGCAGUCACAGGCUGCCUGCCAAGAAAGUGCAAGUUGAGAUCUGUGCUCAUCUUGUUGAGCCUGUGAGUGCUGAGAACCUGAACUGUGCUCCUUGUGAGCUGGCAGGAAGAGAGGAGAAUCUGGAGGAUGUAGAGAGCAGCCCACUGUCAUUGGCUCCCUGGAAGAAGAACACUUUGAAAACAACUAGUGGAACAAUGGCAAUGGCAGAAAUUAAUGGAAAAGCAUUGAUUCCUCCAGUUUUGGAUACUCAUGCUGAGAGACUGAUUCUGAGGCAUUCCUUUUUCUCUCCCCACAUCUCUUCCAGUCUUCCUUUGAGAGCACUCAACAUUAAUGGCCGCUCAGCAUCUGAGCCUGGAGCUAGAGAACCCUGUGCUUGUCCUUAUCAUCAUGGAGCUCUCCCAGUAUCUGGUCCUGCUGUGACUGUACAGGCCAUCUUUCGUGGCCACCCAGAAACUGACACAGAGACGCCUAGGAAUCUGGGAUUCCGACUUCAUGUGGCUUCCAAGGCAGCUUGGUGUGUGGUGAUGAACUUUGGGGAUAGUUCUAGAGUGCAAGUGAAGACCUACAAUGUGUCUGAGGAAAUGACAGUUACCACCUUCCACUGGUACAGAAAAGGUAUCUAUAUGCUCAAGUAUGUUAUUUAUAAUGGGUGUUAUGAUACUGGAGUGGAACUUGGACCUUAUUAUGUGGAUAUUGGUCAUGAAGCUACCUCUGUGUUUAUGAAUUCCAGCAGUGUGCAUGCAAAUGAAGUUCUUGUUUUUGCUGGCUCCACCCUGGAUGAGAAAUACACUGUUAUUAUGCAUCAUUUUCCAACCAUUUCUUCAUAUAAUGUGUCCUUUGCUUCUCAAAUCCAAGUGAAUAACAACCUGAUGUGGCACAGCACGACUAUUCAGUAUCGGAUGCAGCCCAUCUCUGUCUACACAAAUGGAACUGUGUUUGCCACAGAAACUGACAUUACUUUUGUAUCUGUGACCAAGGAAACAACUCUCCUGGAAUUCAUUUGGUAUUUUGGAGAAGACCCACCUGUGAAAACAACUUCUAGAAACAUUAAGAAAAAACUCCUCAUCCCCCAAUGGUACCACGUGACAGUCAAGGCCACCAAUGGUGUCAGCAGUGUGAUCUCAGAGCCCUAUCGUAUCCAAGUACAGAGAGGAAUCAUUGGCACCCGACUUGCAUCCGCCACAUCAGCACUGGUGAAUGCCAGUGUAAUCUUUGAGUGCAGAAUCAAUGUUGGAACUGACAUUUCUUACCUGUGGAGCUUUGGAGAUGGUACCGUUGAGUUGGGGAACAGUACUACCAGCCAUAUCUACAGCAGGUAAAGCACAGGGGAAGGAGAAUUUAUGGUGGAUGUUCUUGCCUUUAAUAACAUCAGUGCCACUUCCCUUAGAAAGCACUUGUUCAUCACACUCAAGCCCUGCCAACCACCCCCAGUGAAGACUCUGGGACCUGGGAAAGUGCAGAUAUGGUCUGGGCGGUCUCAACCGGUGGAGCUAACAGUGACAUUUGAAGCCACCAUUCUCUGUGACAUCUCUCGAGGUCUUUCGUACAGCUGGCACCUUAAAAAUUCAUGGGGAUGGCCAGGUACCCUGCCUCCUAGAUGUCAGCACACACACACAGACCUUCAUUCUGCCCAGAUAUUUUUUUGGGAGCCUGGGAACUACACUGCUUUGGCCAAGGUUCAAGUGGAAGGUAGCUUUGUGUACAGUAACUACUGUGUGGAGGUGGAGGUGCGGGCCCGGGCUCCAGUCAGUGUCAUCUCUGAAGGAACACACCUGUUCAUCUCGCGGACCCACCCAGCCAGCGUCAUCCUCAGGGGAUUCCAGUCCUAUGACCCAGACUAUCCUGAUGCCAUUCUCAGGUAUUACUGGGCAUGUACUGUGCCAAGUGCUCAGGGGCACCCUUGCUUCAUUGCCUCCUCUCCACACAACCUGGACACCACAACUUCUACUCUGAUCUUUACAGCAAACUCCCUUAGAGACAGUUAUGACCAGUUUAUCGUCUCACUAACAGUGUCUAGUGCUGGCCGGAACUCUUCAGAGGCGCAUAUAUUUCUAUCUACUCACUCUGAUCCUGAAUUCAGAUUCAUCCACAUCUCUUGGGUUGACUUUAAAGGUAUCUUUGUUAAUUGGAAUGAAGAAAUUUCUUUUCAAGCUGAAUGUGAAGACUGCAAUGAAAUAACAAAUCUUUCUUACUCCUGGGAUCUCUUUUUAGUGAAUGCAACAGAGAAGAAGGGUUUUGAAGUUCCCUUUUGUAGAACAGUGGGACUACUGGAAUCUUCCAAAUUUGGGGCUGCUUCCAAGCUAUUAGAGUUGGAUUCACUCUCUAAGGAGCAAAAUACAGCUGACCCUUAUGUAAUGACCUCACCCUACUCAUUGGAGGGAUUGCCAAGGGCUCAAAGCCAACCCAACCUUACAGCUACAGAAGGACUCUCUGUGGAACCUACAGACAGCACAUACCAGACUUCUUUAUUUAGCAGCACAGUGGCACUAAAUGAUGCCUCUGGGAACAAGGAAUCUCUAGCAUCUAACCACUGGCCAUCAGAGAACUAUUCCUUUUACCUGCCUGACUUUGAAGCCUAUUACAAUGAUAUUCAAGAAGAAAUUCCAUCCAAAGGAAGACAACCAGCCAGGAGGAUCAACCUUCCUGAAUUAAGCCAAAGUGAGACUGAUGAUAAGGACCACGGUGAUGGGGAUAACUUACUGGGCCCCAUCCUUCCUUCCAGUCAUGCCAGGCCCACCCUCCUAGUGGACUGGCCCAAGUUCCUGCUCAGCCGAAGUAUUUUCCAUGGCUACACGUCUUCUGGAACCAUGGAGCAGCGUGUGACAAUAAAGCCAUACUCACUGAAUCCUGGAGAGACAUACGUCUUACAAGCAUCUGUGGUUUCAAAGCACCACAUGCUGGGGAAAGCUCAGCUAUACUUGACCAUCAACCAGGCUCCAAAGGAUGUGUCCUGCCAGGUGCAACCCUCUCAUGGCCUGGAGGCCCAGACUAUCUUUAGUGUCUUCUGCAUGUCAGGAAGACCGGACUUUCGUUAUGAAUUUAGUUAUCAGAUAGGCAACUCAUCCAAACACACCUUGUAUCAUGGCAGAGAUGUUCAGUAUUACUUUGCUUUGCCUGCUGGAGAGCCCUUGAAUAAUUAUAAAGUCCUGGUGUCCACUGAGGUCACAGACGGCCAAGGCUCUCGGGUACAGCCAUGUACUGUGGAGGUCACUGUACUUCCACAUUUCUCUGGCUCUCACUGCCCAGAUGAAGACUUGUAUAAUUCCAGCCUAAAAUAUCUAUCUACCCUCCAGUUAAUGGGAAAUUACUUAGAAAUCAGGAAUUAUAUCACGAUGAUUAACAGAAUCCUAAGUCGUUGGACAAAAGAAGUAAAAAGUUCAUCAUGUAUCCAAUGGUCGCAGAUACAAAAUACAUUCAUUUCUUCUGUAUGCAAACUAGAAUUUACAAACCAGGAAGAAAUGAUUGAUUCUAUUCUUAUGUUAAGGGACCUCAUCCAGUUUCCUAAUAAGUUAAGUUUUAAAAAUACAGUUCACAUAUUCAAAUACAGCCGAAUGAUGCUCACACAAAACCAACACUCAGCAAAGUUUGUGGCAGACAGAAGGUCCAUGGCUGAGCUCAUCCUUCUUAUAGCUGAGGUUUUGGAAGUAUCUGAUGAAGGAAAAUCAAGAAGUGUUAACUAUUUACGAGAAGAAGGAAACAAGAUUAUCUCAGAUAUAUUGUUGGGCUGCCUCUUUUUGAACAACGGUAGUGAGCUCUGUAUGAGCACCAAACAGAUGGAAUUCUGUGUGCUGUUUCACCAUGAGCAACAGAGCUCUGUGCAGAGACUGGGUUCUAUCCAGGUGCAUUUACCUGCUGUCGUGGCUCCUCUCAGUCCUUCUGCAACAGAAAUGCAGCGUUUCUGCUGUAUCCAGCUAACACUCUUCAAGAAGAAUCCAUUUCUAGAGAGACCAGAUCCUAGUCAGAUUGGUCAAGUUAUAUCCGUCUCCCAGUACAACUGUUCUAGCAGAAGGCCCAUCAGCAGACAGCGACUAAGGAAUCCUUUGACUGUGGAAUUCAGAGCAGAAGAUGGCCUGGAAAAUAAGAGAAAGAAAACAACAUUUGUAUUGAAUCAGGAUAAAAUGACUUUUCAUAAGUUUUGGGGACUUUCUGAAAAUCCCUUGGAAUCUCUACAGAUAAGAAUAGAAUUUUCUAAGCCCAUCACAAGUACUUUCCCGGUCAUGAUUCUGGUAAGGUACUUUGAAAAACCAACUUCCUCAGAUUUUCUUGUAAAACAGAUACACCUCUGGGAUACAAGCAUUAUAUAUAUUUAUCUCCCUGCUGUUUCACAUAAAGGUCCAAACUUCGGGUAUUUGUCCUUAUUAGAUGCUGACUAUGACAGAACACCUCUAUACAAAUCUUUUGCUAAGUCAGUAAAUUAUUCCAUACAUUUCCACUGGCUUCAGUGUAUAUUUUGGGAUUCAAGAGAGUGGAAAUCUAAGGAAUUCUCUCCGCAGCCAGGAACGUCUCCUGAUAAAGUGAACUGCAGCUACAGUCACCUGGCAGCAUUCACUCUCGCAAGAAGAAAAGUAAAUGCCAGUUUUGAAGAGAGUGACAUUUCCAUAUUACGGAGACACCCAGAAAAUCUACUUCCCAGCAUUGUUAUUGUUAUUUUUAUGAUCCUUUAUGCCUUGAUGGUCAUUAAAAGUAAGCGAGUAGAUCACCGUGAAAAAAAGAAAAUGGGUUAUAUCUUUUUGCAAGAAAAUGUCCCUCUCGACCACCAGUUGUAUGCUGUGGUCAUUGACACUGGUUUCCGGACCCCUUCUCACUUUAGUGCAAAGGUCUACAUUGUUUUCUAUGGAGAAAAUGGACUUUCUGAGCCAAAAGAACUUUAUUGUCCAGAGAAGCCCCUGUUUGAAAGCAAUUCCAGACAUACUUUUAUUCUGAGCGCCCCAGCAAUGCUAGGACCCCUCCAGAAAAUCCACCUUUGGCACGACAGCUCCGGACCUUCUCCUGCCUGGUUUGUGAGCCACGUCAUGGUGAAAGAGCUGCUCAGGGCACAGGGCCAGUGCUGCUUCUUCCGUGCGGAGAGCUGGCUAGCAGUGAGCCAGGGCGAUGGCAGUGUGGAGCGGGAGUUGACCUGCCUGUACCAGGGUCUUGGCUUCUGGAAGCUUUUAUACUCCAAAUUCACCGAAUAUCUUGAGGACUUCCACGUGUGGGCCUCCGUGUACAGCCGGCCCUCCUCCAGUCACUACCUGCACACACCUCGACUCACUGUGGCCUUGGCUUUGCUGUGUGUGUAUGCAUGGCUUUCGGCCCUGAUGGUUGCUGCGGGACAAGAACAGCUCCUGCCGGGUGCCAGCACCACUUACUUCACUCUUGGAUACUUCCAGAUGGGUUUCCUAUGCAGCCUCCUCAUAUCUCCGGGGGCCCAGCUCUUGUCCCUGCUCUUCAGGCUCAGCAAGGAAUCCAGUGGGGAUUUCAGAGCAGAGCCACUUCUGCCCCAGAGAGGAGAGCAGACAGAAGCAUUUCAGGACACUAAUUUCCUGAGAAGGAUUCCAGAUGCCCACGAGACAUCCAAGAAAAACCCAUCAGCUGAUCUUUCUGGCUGUAUUGGAACCCAGAAGAGGAUAACCAGCCUCAGUGGCAUCGGCCAUCUGCCUCCUGACCUAGAAGUCUAUGGGAAUGACCUUAGUCAGUUGGCUCUAGGAGAGAAGAGUGAUUUUGGCGCUCUUAAUUCACACAGUAACAUUGCUGCCCCUCAAGUUAGCCUUGAAGCACUCGCCACAUGCUGGCCUUGGUGGGGCUCUUUAGCAUGGACUGUUUGUGGAAUAAUUUCUGUGGCCUGUGGCCUGGGGACAGGAUUCCUGGGAUUUAGAUUUGGAAUAGCACAAUGUGUCCAGUGGAUGUGCCUGCUGACCGUCUCCAUCUUGUGCUGUGUCUUCCUCACCCAGCCAUUCAUGAUUGGCCUUGUGGCAUUAGCUUUUGCUUGGAAAAGGAAAGAUGACAAGCACUUUUUCACUGAGUCUUUGCAUGCUGCUACCAAGUAUCUGGAUUCUGAAUUAGUUGCAUCACCCAAGACCUGCACACCCUUAUCUUCCUUUUGUAGUAUUCCCAACUAUUCAAGUGAUGUUGGAAAGAUCUUGGCUGCAAGACACCAGGCACGGCGAUUGCGUUGGGCACGUCCACCUUCCCUGGCCCAGCUCAGAGUCACACGAACUAGGAUGAGAAGAGAGAUGAGAACCCAUCAGGCACUGAGAGAUAUUUCCAUGUAUACCCUCAAGUUGCUACUGUUUUUAUUUAUAAUUUAUGAAAAAUUCUCCCAGGAUGAAUAUUUUCUCAAUCAAGCUCUCAGGAAUGAAUUUACACGAAAUAUGAGACAUUCCUUGGGUAGCCUGAGGAGUGUGGAUGACUGGUGGCACUGGAGCCUGACCACGUUGCUCAAUGGCUUGUACCAAGAAAGCUACUCUACAGCCAACACAUCAGGUAUCCAGCCCAUGGCUCUGGGAGGAAAGUGUUACUUAAUAAGCACUUUGACCAUUAAACAGCUAAAAGAAUCUCCUGGUAGUCUCUGCAAAAUUCUAAGUUCAUUUCCAGCGCUUCUCCAAGAUUCUUUCCCCACACUUAAUCCCAGAAUUGAAGACCCUAAGAUUCUCUCCAUGAUGGACCCAGAGAUCCAGAUUAUAACUGGGAGUUGCAUGGAUGAUUGUGAACUCAGUCUGGGCAGGACAAGGCCCGUCGUUCAAGAGACCUUGAUGGGCCUCAAGACCAGAAAAUGGAUUGACCAUAGAACCAAGACUGUGUCUAUACAUUUCUCCCUCUACAACCCACCAACUCAACUAUUCUCAAGUGUAUCAUUGAUUUCAGAGGUUCUCCCUUCUGGGAGACUCACCAUCUCUGCCCUAGUAGAGUCCUUUACCAUCUUCCAUAGCAACUCAUCCCUGCAACCCUACAGAAUUCCUCUUGAGCUAGUUUUCCUGGUACUCAACCUGAUUCAACUCUGCAUUGAACUCUAUGGCAUGACUGAGAAGGGUGUCCACAACUAUUUUCAAAGACCAAGGAACUGGCUAGAGUUAUCCAUAGUAGGAACCUGCCUUGCCUACCACAUAACCUCCAGCCACUGCCCCACUGUUACUGGAGAAGUGAUGGACCAGUUACGCAAAGGGCUUUUUCAAGGGUUUGUGGACCUUAGUCAUAUAACCAUAUGGAAUCAGAGGACAAGAUGGCUCCAAGGAAUCCUUUCCUUCCUCCUGAUGCUGAAAUUCCUUUGUCUUCUUGGCAUCCAAAAGAUAAUGGCAUUUAUGCACCUCUCACUCUUUGCAUCAGGGCUUGUGGGUGUCCUGAUGGUAGUUGCCCACUUCCACCUUCAUGAAUUUCUGCACUUUACCAAGGAUCUGACUUCUGGAACAUCUUCAGAAACCUUCUACAAUCACCUAUUUCAUUUUCAAAGAAGUCAAAGAGAUGCUUCCUUUGGAUCUUCCAUAUAUGAGCAGCAUUCCAAGGCUUGGUGUUAUGGGGAAGGAGUCAUUUUUAUAUUAAUGACAACUGUGUGGUUUGGAAUGUUGAGAAGUUCUCUCAUGAUUCUUGCCCAAAACAGAAAGUUUUUUCAACGCAGAUUUCUUAUUAUGCACAAAGAUGUCCCUGCCUAUCUGUGGAGAAAGGUGCUCACCCUCCUCGGAAGGACCAAAAUGGAAGAGACCAAAGUGACUGGGAAUCAUAAUUACUUCCUAGAUGAAUUUGAAGAUCUUUUAGAUGAACUUUUGUUGAAAAUCAAUGGUUUAUCAGAUUGUUUAGAAUUUUCUCUUUUACAACAACAGACUGAAUAUAUGGGGGAAGCCAGUAUAGAAGAUAAUUCUUUGGUGUAA